AUGUUCAGAGUAAUAGGAACUUGUGUAAUAUUGUCACUUGUGACUGGUAAAGAGUUAAGCUCAGUUCAGCUUGACAUUGAUAAUCGUCUAGCGUUGGCUACUCAAUCUAUUUCACUAGAUGCGUUAUAUAAACAUGUUCGCGAUAAUCCUGGAAAAAAAUUUGUCACCUCAAUUCCUCCUUUGCUGAGUGGCCUUGGAGAGCUUGUACCUUUUGCCAAAGGAUCUACGCACACCCAGCUAUUGGAUCUUCUUAAUCUAAAGGACGUAAAUGAGGUCUACAGAGCAUUCCCCUCAGCAUAUGAUCGAUUCUUGAAAGAGAACAAAAGAACUGGUACUCCUCAGUACUUCGGGAAAGUAUACGCUGAUGACGACGAGCCAUUCUGUAAGAAAUUUACUGCAGUAGUCGAGUCUUUUUCCGAAGAGACUGGAACGGUUGACUUCGAUGACGCUAAAGAAGCUGCUAAUGACAUCAAUUACGAGAUCAAACGGCAAGGGUCAAGGGGCUUCAAUAAACUAAUAUCAAGCUCAGAAAUCGAUAGUAAAGGUGGUUUGAUAUUUGUCAGUACCUAUGAGAUUAUCUUAAAAUAUGCCCUCAAGCUAGACAUUACGCAGCCAAAUUAUUUAUUGUUCAAUUCAGAGAAUGGCAAAAAAUUUAAAAUCCCCGCCUUCACAUUAAAAGAUUCUAUCAAAUACGCUCAAGUUGAGGAAAUUGAUGCCCAGGUCUUCGAAUUUGAGUUACAAGAAGAAGGACUGUCUGUAGUUGUAUUCUAUCCAAAUAAAAAAGAUGACAUCGAAUACGUAUUGGAAAAAUUACGUAAGCCUAAAGUCUUCAAUCAAAUCCUAGAGAACCUUGAAGAGAAGUGUCUUCAAGUUACUCUUCCUACUCCAAAUGAGCGUGUUAAGGCAGACCUUUCAAAGUCUCUGCGCGAGGUCAGAAAUGUGAGCGAUAUUUACACACCAGGAAGACCACAAUUCAACGGGGUCCAAAAGAAAUGUUGUACUUAUGUGACCUCAAACCUACAUGAAAAUAGUAUCAGCAACAGAUCAGUUCCCGGGCAGUUAAUGUCAAAGAACGCAGAAAAGUGCAGCGGCUUUUACAAGAAAGUUAAACUUAAUUCUCCCGCAGCCUAUUUCGUAGUAUCCAGAUCUGAAAACAUUUCACCAACUCCUGUCAUCAGCUCAGUUUUCUACGGAAAAUGA